CAGGCGAGGAGACCGGCUCCGGCAGGACGGGAGGCAGCCGGGACCCUCCCAGCGGCUCCGCUGGUUCGGGGCGGCUACCGCACGGCGGGACCUGGGCUGUCCCCUUCCCCCAGCACAGAGGAAAGCAGCUGGGACCCCCCGCGCCGCCCCGCAGCCACCAGCCGCGCCGGGCCGAGCGCCCGCCCCAGCCGCUGCCCCGCGAUGUUGGACGGGCUGAAGAUGGAGGAGACCCUGCAGAGCGCGCUGGACACGGCGGCGCCCUUCUCCGCGCUGCUGGGGAGAGCGGUGAACCCCAAAUCGGUGUGCGAGGGCUGCCAGAGGGUCAUCUCGGACCGGUUCCUGCUGAGACUCAAUGACAGCCUGUGGCACGAGCAAUGCGUGCAGUGCGCCUCUUGCAAAGAACCGCUGGAGACCACCUGCUUCUACCGGGACAAGAAACUCUACUGCAAGCUCGACUACGAGAAGCUCUUUGCUGUGAAGUGUGGAGGGUGCUUUGAAGCCAUCGCCCCCAGCGAAUUCGUCAUGCGAGCCCAGAAGAGCGUGUAUCACCUGAGCUGCUUCUGCUGCUGUGUCUGUGAACGGCGGCUGCAGAAGGGUGAUGAGUUUGUCCUGAAGGAAGGUCAGCUGCUGUGUAAGAGCGACUACGAGAAGGAGCGGGAGCUGCUCAGCCUGGUGAGCCCGGCUUUGUCGGAUUCCGGUAAAAGUGAUGAUGAAGACAGCUUAUGCAAAAUGGGACAAACCCCUGGGAAAGGAGAGGACAGUAAAGAUCACAAGAGGCCCAAGAGACCCAGGACCAUCUUGACAACGCAGCAGCGGAGGGCAUUCAAAGCAUCAUUUGAGGUUUCCUCCAAGCCAUGUAGAAAGGUCAGAGAAACUUUGGCAGCAGAGACUGGGCUGAGUGUGAGAGUCGUGCAGGUCUGGUUCCAGAAUCAAAGAGCAAAGAUGAAGAAACUUGCAAGAAGACAACAGCAGCAGCAGCAAGAUCAACAAAACACACAGCGGUUGAGUUCAGCUCAGACAAACGGUGGUGGGAGUGCUAACCUCGAAGGGAUCAUGAACCCAUACACCACUUUGCCCCCACCACAACAGAUGCUGAGUAUUGAGCAGAGUGUCUACAACUCGGAUCCCUUUCGGCAAGGGCUAACUCCACCUCAGAUGCCAGGAGAUCACAUGCAUCCCUAUGGUGCUGAGCCCCUUUUCCAUGACCUGGAUAGCGACGAUACCUCACUUAGCAAUCUGGGAGACUGUUUCCUAGCAACAUCAGAAGCUGGACCCCUGCAGUCAAGAGUGGGAAACCCUAUUGAUCAUCUGUACUCCAUGCAGAACUCCUAUUUUACUUCUUGAGCUUUGUCUGUGUCCACUGGGCAGGCAGCCGCCAUGCUCAUUACACUGUAGAUUAAAUUCACUUGAGGUAUGAUGGGCAAUGAGGUUGUUUUGCUGGAAUGCUGUCAAACAAUAUUUGUAGCUCAGUAUUUCCAAAGACUGAAUAAGUUAUGGAUCAUAUAAUUUAGGGUUUCUAUUAGAAUCAUAGUAUUAGAUUCAAAAUAUUUAAUGCAGCUGGUCUACCUUUUUCAAACUUCAAAAUCUUAACAACAUUUUAAAUUUCAAUAGAAGCAGAAAAAAACCCAUUCCUACAAUAUCUUCACAAUUCUUCCCUCCUUUUUUUGACCAAAUGUAGCAAAAAGAAAAGAAAUCAGAUUUUAAAAGUUCAACAAAUUUUUGAAAGUGAAAUUCUGACAACAUUUUGGUGAGUUAUAGGAAAAAUUUUCAAAGACAUGUUCACCAUAUUUUUCUUCACAACCAGCUCUAGCAUUUAUUGUUAACAACAGGGACUUUUAAUAUAGAUGUUCUCAUGCACAUAUAGAGAGCUAGAAACUCCUAAUGUCUCCCCAUCUUACUGAGAGACUCCUGUUGAGAGGUAGGGGGGGGUGUGUGCAUGUGCGUGUGUGAGUGUGCAUGGGAGCAUGCAUGCACGUGUGAGUGUGUAGAGGUGAGUGUGUGUGCACAAGUAUAUACUGCACAGCCCACCUGCCAUAUUGUAUCAACAAAAUUUAUUCCUAAUUCUAUCAAAAAUUUACUGUACAGCAAAAGUAACUUUAUUUUCAGUGUGAACCAUAUUUAAGGAAAUGCUUGAUGCACUUAAGUUAUAAGAUGAAAUAAUUUACUUUUAUAAACUUUAUGUUUAGUUUGCAACAGCCCAGUGGCAGGGAAGGAAUAUGGAUUCAUUUGAGUCAAUAGAUUUUUGGUGCUUUCAAUUCCCUUGGGUGUUCUGACAGGGCAGUUAUAGUCCAAAGAGUGUCAGUGUAAAAAUAGAGAUUUUUACUCAUUGCGGCCUGAUCCUGUUCCCACAGAAGCCAAUGGCAAGCCUCCCAUUGACUGGAAGUGUGUAGGAUUGAGGCUGGUAUCUGGUCUUGUGAGUAUAUACAGCACUUCUGAGAGCACUGCCAAGAGCGUGUCCCACUCAUUUACUCUUGCUUUAUGUAGGCCAAAUUCCCUAAGUAAGGCAGUAUAGCCAUUUUGGAGCUCCUAGGCUCUCUGUCUCAAGCAUGCUGAUGGACAUACUUUGCAGUCUGCUCCAAGGCAGCUAAGUAACCUCAUUUCCAAGUUUUAGCACAAACUGAAUGGGAGUAAGUGGGCUGGGCACGUUUCAUGGGAGUCCUCCUAGGCAUGAAUGGCAGGCCAUAUAGCAGGGAUGGGCAAAACAGCAGAUCCAGCCAGUGGCUGGACUCCAUUUCCAAGCAGCCCCUGCCUGCGUGGCUGCACUGUGAUAGCAUGAGGUUGGGGUUUCUGUGGAGACCAGCUCCAGCAGCACUGGCAGGGUGUGCAGCAGGGCACAGAGCUGCUCUGGAGCCCAGCUAGGAAC